UGAGGUCCCUGCGUGGGAUCCAAGACGGUGGAGAGGAUGGGAGAUUGUGGGCGCUGUUCAUGACUGCGGGUGGCCAUUUUGCAGGGAUGGUUGCUCGGGUAUCUAAUCCUGGGCCUCCAGACGAGGAUGCAGACGACGUGCCCAGGCCAUCCAACAGGAAAAGACCGAACAAGAAGGGACACCACCAGAAGCAAGAAUACGAGAUUGUUGCCCAUAAGACUUUCCAUCGGUACACUACGCGGAGGAAGCAGGGAGGCUCACAAUCCAUAAAUGAUAACGCUAAGGGGCAUGCCAAGAGCGCAGGAGCUAUGCUUCGGCGAUAUGGAGAACAAUCACUGCGCGACGAUAUACGAGCACUCCUACAAGAUUGGGCGGACAAUAUCGAUUUAUGUGAUAGGAUUUUCAUCAGGGCGAGCGUGUCGAAUCGGCGAAUCUUCCUCGAGGGCGAGAACUCUCCGAUACAGAAAGGGGACGAUCGACUAAGGACUUUCCCUUUCCCAACUAGACGUCCUACUCUGUCAGAACUUUCUCGCUGUCUUUUAGAGCUAACUCGUGUCAAGAUAACCCAUCUGACUGAUGACGAACUCCGCCAAGCUGAUGAAGAAUAUCUUGCUUCGAUAAGAGCAAGGCAAAAACUGAAGGUUUUCCCUUCGACUGAACAGGAAUCAGCACAGAAACAAAAGCCCAACAGGGAGGUUCUUUCACCUGAAGAGCUGGCGGCACGAAUCAAAUGGCGCCGCUUACUGGACAUGGUGCGAAAGGGGCGUGUGGGGCCACUUCAGAAAUUCUGGAACAUACUCACGACUACGGAUGGCGCUGGGGUACUAGAUGCUGGAGAUUCAGCUGCAAACACGCGAAUACCGACAUGGCUACGUAAGGAGGAAGGGAAGCGGUGUGGGGCGACAUUGUUGCAAGCGGCUACCGCCUGGGAUCAGGAAGAAGUCGUCCGAUGGCUACUUCUCGAGCUCCGCGCUGACCCAACAAUUGGUGUUCCCUCUGCGCUAGUCAGGGAGGAAGAUGCCAAGACGAAUUCGGCCUCAGAUGACGAGACCAGCAACUAUGCACACCGCAAAGCUUACAAUGUUGCACGCUCGCAAAAUGUUCGCAAUGUCUUUCGGCGUGCAGCGCAUGCGCAUCCCGAAUGGUGGGAUUGGCUUGGGAAAGGCUCCCAUGGUGCCGGUGUAACGAGUGUUCUUGAUCCUGAGAAGGAAGCAGUAGAGAAUCGCGAAGCCGAUCGGAAAAGAGGUCUCAAGGAACGUAUGAUGGAGCGGGAAAGGGCCGCAGCUGCAAAGGCUGCCGAAGAGCAGGAAAGAUUAGAAAGGGAAGAGGCCGAAAGAGUAAAGAAAGAAGCAGAAGCUGCUGCCGCUGCCAAAGCUGCAAAUCGAAAGGGCCCACAAAGGCUAGGCGGUCCUGCCGGUGGUGGCAUCAUAGAGAACGUAAGCUCAGCUAGCAUGUCACCGGAGAUGAGAGCGCGGAUUGAGCGAGAAAGAAGAGCAAGGGCCGCAGAGGCGCGUCUUCGAGCCGCGAACCCCUCAUAAUACAGACAUCCAAAUCUUUGUUUUAAAUUAAGUUGUGCUUCAGUUUGAUUCCUUUGGUGCAUCACCUCCAGGCCGCCCUGCGAAUUCGACCCUUUUGAAGUAUGAAGGAGCUAUGAAGCCUUUUUCAUCGCCUGUGGUGAGGAUGACGCCAUUAGCUGAGCGGAAGAACUUCAAUCCUCCUUUGCACAUAGCAGUUUCGAUGUCAAUGUAAAUCAGGACUUC